CGAGACGCUGUACCACUCCCUAAUCUGCGAACCCGGGCAGAGAGACUUUCAUCCGGUUCACGCGCUAAGGGGUAAAACUCCCCACCUACUUUUCUUUAAAAAAAAAAAAAAGACAGAAGAAAAAAGCCCCCCUGACCUGUUCCAUCACAUGAGCGUUACCUCACUCUUCCCCAGACGGCGGGUUCAGCAGUUUGUAGGCUACAAUGGCUGUGGUCGGUGUUAAAUUUGGGCUCCUCUCGGAAGGAAAUAUGACGCGCGAGGACAGAGCGGAGCUGUCCACGCGGCCAAGGAGCCAGCGCGAGGUGCGAACAGUCUGGAAGUCACCCUUGGCUCUGGCGAGCAGCUGCUGUUGCUGAGGAAUCAUUGACAUGCGCUCCCCCUGAGCUGCCGACGCCUCCCUCAGCGGUGUGGUGGCACGAUGCCAGUGCAGGCGGCCCAGUGGACAGAAUUUCUGUCCUGUCCCAUCUGCUACAAUGAGUUUGACAGCAGAGGCCACCAGCCCAUCAGCUUGGGAUGCUCCCACACGGUGUGCAAGACCUGCCUCCACAAACUCCACCGCAAGGCCUGUCCCUUCGAUCAGACGCCGAUCAGCACUGACAUCGACCUGCUGCCGGUCAACUGCGCCCUGCUGCAGCUGGUGGGCGCUCAGAUCCCUGAUGUUCAGCCGGUUAGCCUGAGCAGUACAGCGGAGGUGGAGCACUAUGAGGUCUGCAGGGUGUGUGUAGAAGAGCUGGCUCUCUACCUGAAACCUAUCAGCGGCGCAAAAGGUGUUGCAAACCUAAGUCCAAGCGUGCUCAGCCGGCCCAUGCAGAGGAAGCUUGUGACGCUGGUCAACUGUCAGCUGGUGGAGGAGGAGGGGCGUGUGCGGGCGGUGCGGGCGUGCCGGUCCCUGGGGGAACGCACGGUGACCGAGCUCAUCUUGCAGCACCAGAACCCCCAGCAACUCUCCGCGAACCUCUGGGCGGCCGUCAGGGCUCGCGGCUGCCAGUUUCUGGGACCCGCUAUGCAAGAAGACGCCCUGAAGCUGGUUCUACUUGCUCUGGAGGAUGGCUCAGCUCUUUCCAGGAAGGUGUUGGUUUUGUUUGUUGUCCAGAAGCUGGAGGCCCGAUUCCCCCAGGCCUCUAAAACCAGCAUAGGCCAUGUGGUGCAGCUGCUGUACAGGGCCUCCUGCUUCAAGGUGACCAAGCGUGAUGAGGACUCCUCUCUGAUGCAGCUUAAGGAGGAGUUCCGUACGUACGAGGCUCUGAGGAGAGAGCACGACGCUCAGAUCGUCCACAUUGCUAUGGAAGCGGGCCUUCGGAUCUCCCCCGAGCAGUGGUCCUCUCUGCUGUACGGAGACCUGGUCCAUAAGUCGCACAUGCAGUCCAUCAUCGACAAGUUGCAGUCUCCCGAAUCGUUUGCGAAGAGCGUUCAGGAGCUGACGAUCGUUCUGCAGAGGACCGGAGACCCUGCCAACCUCACAAGCCUUAGACCACACUUGGAGCUCCUUGCUAACAUUGACCACAACCCAGAUGCACCCCCACCAUCAUGGGAAGAACUAGAAAGCGUCAUGCUCGCUGUGAAGCUGGUGGUUCAUGGACUGGUGGAAUUUGUUCAGAACUUCAGCAAAAAGAGCCACGACACUCCACAGCCUCAGGCCAACAGCAAGUACAAGACCAGCAUGUGCCGAGAUCUUCGUCAGCAGGGUGGAUGUCCACGAGGAACCAAUUGUACAUUUGCACACACGCAAGAUGAGCUGGAAAAAUUCAGACUGAGAAACAAGAAAAGCGGAAGUGUGGGUCGUGCCUUCCCUCUUGCCCCGGGUGUCAUGAAUAAAAACUACUCCAUGGAGGGCGGUAUCCACGGUGAUAUGUCUGCUGGAGUGGAGCAGGGUCUCAAAUGCUCGGGAGAGAACGCAGCCAUCACAGAAGGAGUUCCCAGCCUCACUCACCCACCACUGAUUUCUAGAGGGGCUGACAUGAUGGAGGUCAUGAAGAGACCUGAGCCAAAUGGAACUAGUACAACCAAUGGAACAAGCAGGCUGUCUGGCAGCAACAGAAUCACAUCAGGGUCAACAGAGCAGAGGUCCAUCUCUCCGCCCAGGACUCCGAUCAGCCAUUCAUCCGCGUCUUCUCCCUUGUGCACAGCUGGUCGUGCUGAUGGCCCUGCUCUCCUCCCCAGACACAGUCAGUUAAUUUUGGCUUCGCCACAUCCCUCUCAGGCGUCAGAGCUGUACUACCAGGAGACCCACCCUGCGUAUGACACUGCCCACUAUCAACCAACCUCAGGUUCCUACUAUCCAUCCACUCUUCAUGCUCCUCACAAAGCCUGUAUGGCUCGCUUCCUUCGAUCCUCCAACGUCCCAGAAUCCUCUCUUCCUCCAUCCAUGGGCCCUCCUUCGUCUUCAUACCCGAACGACCCUCAGAACCCGCAUCCGCCCUCCUCCUCUUCGUCAGGGUAUCCACCACACCCACCAAGAGAACGGAUGGGUCCUGCUGCCUUCCAUCCCCACCCGGGCGGGCAUCAGUACGGGCCUUUGGCUCCUACUCAUGGUGUUUACGCUCCCCUCUACGACAGCAGGAGAGUUUGGAGGCCUCAGCUGUAUCACAGAGAGGAUGCCAGGAGUAACUCACUGCCUCCAGAGGUGUUGCAUUCCUCCGUCUACCAGCCUCCACUCAGGGAGAGAUUCAACUCUCUAGAUAGCAACUACUGUUCUGGAGCUGAACACCGUGCAGGGCUACACAGGGACUAUGGACGUGUUCCUCUUGGCUAUGAGGACAUUUUCAGAAGGAAGCAGGAGCAGUGGGCUAGUCAUCAUCACCAUCACAGUGCCAGCAGACCCUCCCAGUCUUCCCCCAUCUUCACCAUUGACUAUCAAACAGAGCCAGUGGAAAGUAGUGGAGGUCAGUGUGCAGGGUGCCGGUUUAGAGGUGAGGAAAGCUUGGCGCACUACUCGCCGUGGUCCUGCGGUACCAUCGGGCCGUGCCUCAGCCCCUUCGAGUCUGAAACCCUCUCCCACUCCUCGGCUCACUCCUGCUCGGACCGCUCGGAACUGGACAGUAGCGAAAGUGGGAGUGGUGGGAAGCGGUGGCUGCAUUCGUUGGAUCACUACCGGCGCUUAAAAGACGAGGACCCAAUCAUUCCCUUUAGCGAGGGGCCUAUUAUCUCAAAGUGGGGAGCCAUCUCAAGGGCGUCCCGCACGGGCUACCACAACACUGACCCCGUCCAAGCUACAGCCUGCCAGAGCGGCGCCAGCACCACGCCCAUCAACUUUAAAGAUUACAACUCCCACUUGGAUCACAGAGACUACAGGUGGAGCUCCAGAGGAUCAGACUCUUCCAGCCACUCCAGUUUCUUAGAGAGUGAGCACCUUUGUGGAUCCGAGCUGCAUGGCCGGCGAACUUCGGUAAGCAGUGGAGAAAAAAUUGUAUCCGACCUGCAAGCCCAUCGGAACGCCUUCAGCCAGAAUCGGGACAGAGCGGAGAGUGAGCCAGACCCCGAUCGAGACAUCGAGCUUGAACUUCGCGCUCUGGAUAUGGAGGAUUCAGACCACCAGGAUAUCAAGUCUCAGGAGUCUUUAGAUCUGGCCACCCCACAAUCUCAGGAUGCCUCCCACCUCCUCCCGCCUCCCUGCUCAUCUCCCCUCCUCCCAUCCCCAGCAGAGGAGCACCCCCAAACAGAAGCUCUUAUGACAGAAAAGAUGGAUGCCCACCUACUGAAAAAGAUGGCGUUCAGAAAGUCUCUGUCUCCGGGAGGGCUGGUUUCUGGAGGUCUGGGCAUUGGGAAGCUGGUGCUGCGUACAGGACCUCCUCGACUCGGUGACGCCUCCACCAGGGCUUGUCCAGAAACAGCCGAGAUGCUGCUCAAUGGGAGCUAAAGAGACACAAAUUCGGACCUACAGUGAAACUGAUGGGUCAUUUGCCCACAAUCCAACUGUGGUUAAAGGGAAUAGUAUUCAAUUCCAGGCCAUCAUAGGGCCAACACAGAAUUAAACAACCAUCCACAGUUACACUGACUCCUGGGGUCAAUUUGAAGUCCCCAGUUAACUUAACAUGUGCUUUUUAAACUGUUGAAGCCAGCUGGGAGGAACCCUCGGAUACGAAGGGGAGAACAAGCAAACUACAUAGAGAGGAAUCAACUGGGAUUGGAACAGGAAACUUUCUUGCUCUGAGGUGACAGUGCUAACAGCUAAUCACACCACUGUGCAUCCUCACAGAAUUUCUUUGAUCCAGAAUUUGACUCUAUUUAUUCUCUAUAGGAGGCUCAAAUUGUAUUAGGAGCUGGGUUCCGUGCUCCCUGGGCUGACCCUAUGUACUUAGUGAGAGGGAGAAUAAAUAAGUAAUUUGAUGUAGUAGAUUGUUCUUCAAUUAUUUUCUUAUUACCCACACAUGCAAUGCUUUGAGCAUAGUUUCUGUGUGUACACGCUUUUUAGCUUGUGCCUUUAAAGAUAUUUUUUUCCAUUAAAGCUGGCGCUGAUUGAUACUCCAGCUGCUUGUAGCUAUUCAAGGAUCGGACUGAAUUAAAUAGUAGGAUUAUUUAUUACCCCCUCUUAUGAUAAUUGGAUGUCUUUAACCAAUCGUCUCUUAACAUGUGGGAGUAAGAAUGCAUGAACACUCGGAAGAGCCUUAUGAAGCAAUGCCGUCAUCCAGAGUUCUGCGAUUAGUUUAAAGUAUCUGUGACAGGGAGACCCUCCAGGCAGAUAUGUUGUUUAAAGCAUUGGCAAUUAGCCUGUCUGAUGCCUCACGAUGGAAAGAGAAUAUGCCAAAUACAAAUACAGUAUUUAUCUGAUGAAUUCUUGUCUUGUUAUCACAUAUAGAGUUAUAACACGUGGUUUAGUUCUUACUGAGCCAGUAAUUUCCAGAGGUCCUCCGACCGACGCGGUUGGAGCAUUAUUCCCAACUCUAUUUUUAGGGCAUUAAGUUUGUAAAAGAGAGUGGUAUUUCGACAACCCUCCUUCAACACAUUUGAAGAAGCAUUUAUUUCUGGAAUUGAAAUGUAAUCCAGUGUUUAAAACAAGAAUGCCUGUGGGAGCAAAGUUUGCUAGAUUAUUCUUGAUUUAUAUUUUUAAACCUCGUCUUGGGCAGAUUUAAUUGCCUGAAUGCAAAUCACCAUUAUGGCCGCCAACAUUUAGUUUAUAUUUUUCCCAAAUUCAGUUAACCUUUUUUAGUUAUAAUGAUGACAUUCAUAGGGAUUACGCUUUCCCUUCUGAGAAUAUAAAAGAACCACAGAACUUAACAGGUCUUCAAAAAACUGAUUGUGACGGGCCUGUGUUCAACGUCAUAUGCUUUAAAAAAAAAAAAGCAUAUGACGGUUCCUCUGACAGUCAUAAGAUCACCAAAUGCACUGUCAUAAACAUUUUUUAUGAAUGAUCACAGGUCUGGUCACAAGCUCUGUGGAAGCAACUUCAUCUCUCUUUUUUUUUAUAACCCAUAAUAGAAAACAUUUAACAUCUGCUGUUAUCUUGCAUCGUUGAAAAGCAGUUAGUCUUUGGUUGUCACUUCCAAACCACAUUAACAGGGGAUCUGUAUAAAAGGCUUUUGUUUAAUCUGUGUUCCUGUAGUAAUAGCUGGAAUAUUUCCCUGGAAGUGUUCUGUCUCACAUGCUCAGACAGUACCGUGUACACAAGCUGCCGUUCACACAACUGACACAAGCACGCAACACAGUGGCCUUUCUCUCCUUCGUGUUGCAUUAAGCAAACUCCCGUUUACUGUCGGUGGUGUCAUGGGCCACAUAAAUGUGAACUCGCAGAAGGAACGCUGGAAGUCGUGGCGUUCCAGUGCAGUCACAUUUGUGUUGCUGCGAGUUCAAACACACACACGGCUUCAUGUUGAGAGGAGAAGCCAACAAACGUGAGCGGCGCUGCGUCAUGGUUCUCCACCAUUGUUGUUUAGUUUUUUUUUAGUUUUUUUAGUUUUUUAGAAGUUUUGGUUGAUUUGAUUUGACGCGUUGCUAACUUCUGUGAAGUUUUGUAUUUUGUAUUUUUGUUGUGUUGUUUGCAGUUUGCUUCUCUGCACUUUUGUUUAGCAUGGCUGAUGACCAUGACCCAUACGCAGAAUGUAAUGUCACGCAGACGCAUCGGUUUGUUUACACCUGAUUCUAAAUCUACUUAAAAUUCUGUCAAGCGUGAAGAGGAGGGUUACUUAAUCUCUGAACUGUUUGAACUUUUAAUAUAUCCCUCUUUUCUCAGCUACCAUUCGAGACGUGCUGUUUUUAAACUGUUAAGUCAACAAGUGAGCGGUCUGGGGACUAGUUCCCGAAAAAGCAGGGGGCGAUUCUUUGUGACUCAGUGUGAUAGUACUGCUUUGACUGUAUUCGUUUCUGAGCAUAGCGGGUAAGGGCUGGCGCAGGUGAUUGAGCUGCACCUGGCCAUCGACUAAGCUUGGCUAACCUACCGUCACUCUGCUUCUGUUUACAACUUCACCUUUGAAGUCAUGUAAAGUUAAGUGCCAUGCUGUGUACAGUACAAUCAGACCCAGUAAAUUUCCUACAGCUUUUCAUAUUCCCUUCAUGUAAACUCUGUGAGGAGGGAUGGGCUCGGUCAGGGUGAGGAGCGAGACGCUUCUCUCUUGUAAUUUUGCUGUUUUCCAUUAGAGGAGGCUAAAUCCUUGUCUGUGAGAAUCGCUCAGGGAAGACCUCAUUUUCUCCGCGUGUGUGUUUUUUUCCUUGAAACCUCAGUGGAAGUGUCCCUCAGAACGUCACUUUGCCAGUUUGUUUCCCUUUCUCUUAUGACGCUCAAUUGAGUUGAAGCAUUAGCGCUGAUUGUCUAAUUUGCCAGUGUUUCCUUUGCCAGUGUUUCCUUUUGCCUCACAGUAAUCAGUAAUGGCUGUGCUGUUAGUGUCAUGACAAAGGGCUGGGCACAUACUGGACCGUGUGUAAAAACAGUAUUGUGUUGGAAGUGAUUAUUUCGUGUCUGUGGAGCACUGUUGUAGUGGCUAACCGCUCUGCACUCAUUUUCACCCUCCCUCCCCCCACCACUGCCAGUGGGUACCAGCGAGUGCCCCUCUCCCCUCCACCACCACCACCCUCCCUGCAUCCUGCAUCAUGCAUGCAACCUAGUCCCUCUUGUGAUGGCGGAGGAGUAUAAUUGAUUCUGUAGUUGUGAUACAACACACCCGGCGCUGUAAGAGUUCUGCACAUGCCCACUGUGUGGCCACGUCAAGUGCUGAAGUUUGCUUGCAGCAUUUUAAUUGCUUGCUCAUGAAGACAAAUUAUUGUUUAUCAGAGACUAUAUUAUUAUUAUUAUCACUAUUACUGUUAUAACCACAUUCGGUUGUUGUUGUGGUAUAUUUUCCUUCUUAUAUUCUUAUUCUGCUUCUUUGUUUUGAAUUUGAGAGGUUGCUGAAACUUUUUCUUUAGACAAAGAAGUGUCUAAUUAUUCUAUGUUAUAUGGAGAAAAAAAAAGCUUGUUUGUUGAUCGUGAAACAUGAUGAACUGAUGUUUUUUGACUAUUCAUGUCUGUAUUAGACAUCUUAUUUGCAAAUCUAUUGUUCGAUUGAAAUGUAAAUGAACCUUUAAGAGAUGGUACACAUCUGUCAUUGUAUACAGUCUGGCACCAUCAUUAGAUGGACUUAUAGUAUUAACGGUCAUUUCUACAACCUGUUAUAAUCUGAUAUAUUUAAAUGUUUAAAUCAUUGGGGCAGCUGUUUAAUGUUUCAGAACAGGGAGAAUAAAAUCCUUAAGAGACAGUAUACCUAAAAUGACCCCGAAAUGAAUAAUACUGUUAUGUAUUCCAUUUAUUUCCUUGGAAAUAUCACAUUGUGAAAGGUUUCCCUUUUACUUACUUUAUGGUAAUGCAGGACAGGAGUAGAGUCUAACCUGUAGUGAUGAUUUAUGUGCUAUUACUAAUAGAUGGAACUGUCCUAGUUUUGUUUCACGGACUGAUUGAUUCUUCUGUGCAUUUUCUGGCUUGUUCAGCAGUAUUACACUGACCUACAGGGAGCUCGGCCGAGCAUCAGAUUGUUUCUGUGUUGCACUGAGAGACAGAUUAAGGAAAAAGGAAAACUACAGCACAUGAAACUGCAUGUAAAAAUAAACAAACAAAAGUGA